AUGGCCAUGCAGACUUUGCUGCAGUAUGUGGGCUCCAGUUCACUGCUCUGCUUGGCAGUGGGGUUGGUUGUUCUCCUUUACUUUCUUACCAGCUUGAAGAAGUCGGUUCACAAUUUGCCUCCUGGGCCACGACCUCUUCCUCUGAUUGGAAACUUGAAUGUGGUGGACCUGAAAAAGCCGUUCCAGUCGCUGACAGAGCUCUCCAAGAUAUAUGGCAAUGUCUUCACUGUGCAUUUUGGACCCAGGAAAGCUGUGGUACUGGCUGGAUACGAAACCAUCAAAGAUGCCCUUUCAAAUCACGCUGAAGAAUUUGGAGAGAGGGCAGAAAUACCCAUAUUUAGGAAAAUGACACAAGGAAAUGGCCUAGCAUUCAGCCAUGGAGAGGUAUGGAAAACUAUGAGAAGAUUCACCCUGUCCACACUGAGAGAUUUUGGAAUGGGAAAGAGAACCAUCGAGAUCCGAGUCCUGGAGGAAGUAAAUUCCCUUAUCAAAUAUUUUCAAUCCUAUCAUGGGAAACCAUUUGAUACAAAGAUGAUACUCAACAAUGCUGUAUCCAAUGUCAUCUGCUCUAUAUUGUUUGGAGAGAGGUUUGAAUAUGAUGACCCUGUGUUUCUAACUUUGCUGAAGAUGAUAAAUGAAAACACAAAGCUGUUGGGCUCCCCUAUGAUACUGUUAUAUAAUUUCUACCCAUCCAUUGGAUUUCUCUCUGGAGCUUACAGGACUGUGCUACAAAAUGUCAGUGAACUGAAUGCUUUUCUCCAGAAGCUCUUCAAGGAACACAAAGAAGAGUUUAAUGAAAAUAACUUGACUGGCUUUGUUGAUGCCUUUCUGAUGAAGCAACAACAGGAGGCCAAGAAACCCCACACUGCAUUCAGCAAUGGAAACCUGUUGUUUUCAACCCUGGACCUCUUUGCUGCUGGGUCUGAGACUACCUCUACAACUAUGCGCUGGGGUCUCCUUCUCAUGAUGAAAUACCCAGAAAUUCAGAGAAAAAUUCAGGAAGAAAUGAACCAAGUCAUUGAACCAGGAGAGCUGCCUAAGUUGGAGGACCGGAAAAAAAUGCCUUACACAGAUGCAGUGAUACAUGAAAUACAGAGGUUUGCCAACAUUGUCCCGAUGGGUGUAUCACGAGCUACUCCUACUGAUGUGAAUUUCCGAGGCUAUGUGAUUCCUAAGGGUACAGAGAUUAUUCCACUGCUCACCUCUGCUCUGAAUGACAAGUUACAUUGGAAAACCCCAGAUCAGUUCAACCCUUCCCACUUCCUGGAUGCCGAAGGGAACUUCAUUAGGAGAGAGGCAUUUAUUCCAUUCUCCAUAGGACGAAGAGCUUGUCUUGGAGAAGGACUGGCCAGAAUGGAGCUGUUCCUCUUCUUUGCAGGCCUGCUCCGCAAAUUUGUUUUCCAGCCCCCUCCAGGAGUGGAUAAGUCAGACCUAGAUCUCACUGCUGAUGUUGGCUUUAUCUUGAACCCCAUGCCUCACCUGGUUUGUGCUGUGCCCUGUGAAUGA